GGUGUUCAGAGAUUAGGACCAAAAGGUAGAUUGCUGGGCUUAUGGUGUUUGCCAAGCAUGGAUCUUUGUAAGACAGGGAAGCCGGCCGAUGGCUGCUCCCUCUUUGCUGUGAAGGUUCAAGUCAGGGGAUGUGUAGUGCUUAUGCACUGGUGAAUGAGGAACCACCUGGGGAAAUGGCCCUGCUUGAUUUUGGGGAAUUUGGCAGCUGGGGUGCUUCCUUAGGUCAUCCAUCUGAGCCCUGGUGAGUGGAAGGAGGAAGGCAACAAGCUUUUUCCAGCCCAGGGGACAUAUUGCAUGUUUCUGGGGAAAUACUUGCUUAUGUGAGACAGCAGCCAAAUACAGAUUGAGCUUCCCAGAGCUGAAAUUCCACAAUCUGAAAUACUAGGAAGUUGUCUAUAUGGGCAGCUGAGAGAGUGACACCUUUGCUUUGCAAUGGAGCAGGUGGCCUUGCAAAUGCUUUCAAAUCACACACAAACCCAGUGCUAGGCAACAUGGACAUGGAGAAGCACGCAUUGAGCGUCUCUCAUCAGGAAAUACAAAAUACUGCAAAUUUCACAAUUGCCCACAACAGUAAGUGAGAUAGUAACACCUUUGAUUUCAGAGGAUUCAGGUUUCACCAACUUUGUUUCAGGCACUAUAUUAUUUAAAAUAUUGCAUAUAAAAUUACCUUCAGGCUAUGUGUUGCAAAGCUCUUGUUUUUCAGUCCCCCCAAAAAGAGACCUCUGUCUUCCAUAUCUAAGCUUCUGUGUGAGAGAUUGAAUGCAGAAUGUAGUCUUUGAAUCUUUUCCCUUUGUUUGACCUUAGAAGAAACAAGGAUUUCUAUUUUCUCAGUUAAAUAGUCUAGACACCCAUCUUUUCUAUCUAGAAAUGGACUUCCUUGUGGUUUAAGAAACCUUUUGAAACUUUUAAAGUAAACUCUGCACGUCAUGUUUCUUUAAGCUCCAGAAUCCUUUUCAUCCAUGCUAUUGCCAGUUUACCAGCUGUUAGGAAUUGUGAGAGCUGACCUUCAAAACACCUGGAGGAGCACAGUUUGAGAAACACUGCUGUGGGAAGAAGUGGUCUUUCAGGAGCAGCAUCUGCAGCCAUGGCCUCUGGAGAACCAAUGAAGAAGCUCUGUGAGCAACUGGCCUGUCGCAUCUGCAUGGAGUAUUUCAAGAAGCCUGUGAUCCUCUCCUGUGGGCACAAUUUCUGCCAGUCCUGCCUAGACCGAUGGUGGGAGAGGAGAGAUGCCUAUUGCCCACAAUGCAGAGAGGAAGUGCAGGAAGGGGACAUCAGGCCAAACAGGCAGCUGGCCAAUGUUGUGGAGCUAGUCAAGGAACUGGAGAGCCAGAAGGCGGAAGAGAAGGGGAGAGUCUGCCAGUGGCACCAGGAGCCCCUGAAGCUCUUCUGCAAGGACCACAAAGCCCCCAUCUCUGUGGUGUGCGACAGGUCGAAGGUGCACGAAAACCACAAAGUGAUCCCUCUGGUCGAGGCCUCAAAGGAGUACAAGAUUUGGAAUUUUCUGGAGACUCUGGAGAAGGAAGGAGAGAACAUUCUGGCCCACAAAGCAGACGCAGCAUGGGAAAGCCAAGAUUUGCUUAAGAAGACCCAAAGACAGAAGGAUAGGACUGUGGCUGCCUUCAGACACAUGCACCAGUUUCUAGAAGAACAAGAGAGGAAUCUGCUGGCAAAAAUGGAAGAGUUGGAGAAGGAGAUUUCAACCAAAGGGGAGGAACAUCUGGCCAGACUCUCCAAAGAACUCUCCUCUCUCUCAAAACUCAUCCUAGAGACGAAGCAUCAGCAGCCGGCAAGUGAAUUCCUCCAGGAUAUCAGAAGCACCCUACAGGGGUAUAAGAAUAAGGAGAAAUUUGAGACUUCUGUAGCCUUUCCUCCUGCCCUGAAGUGGAAGAUCUGGGACUUCUGUGAUAUCGGUGUCUUCCUGGAGGGUAUCAUGGAGCAAUUCAGGGCUUCUCUGGAAUCUGGGCUUCAGCAGGAAAAAGCACAUGUGACUCUGGAUCCAGACACAGCCCAUCCUCGGCUCAGCCUCUCUGAAGAUCUCAGACGUGUGAUCAAUGGGGAGAAAGAGCAAGACCUUCCUGACAAUCCUGAGAGAUUCAGUGGGUGUCCUUAUGUGCUGGGUCAGCAGGGAUUCACAGGAGGCAGGCAUUUCUGGGAAGUCCUUGUGGAGAAUGGGGAAGAAUGGUCUGUGGGAGUUGCCACAAAGUCUGUUCAGAAAAACGGCAAGAUCUGCUGUGACCCUGAGGCUGGGACCUGGGAUGUGGGAAAGUGGGAAGGUGAAUACAUCUUCUCAGACAACAAUGAGUCCCCAUCUCUGAUUCUGAGCGAGGAGCCCAAGAAGAUCCGCGUGACACUGAACUAUGAAGGAGGUCGGGUGGCCUUUUACGAUGCAGACUCAGCAGCCGUGAUCUUGGAAUACCCUCCAGCUUCUUUCUCAGGAGAGACCCUCCUCCCGUUCUUUUCUGCGCGUAGAAAAUCCCAACUGGAGAUCUCCCCGUAAGGAUGGAGAGCAAUGCCCAAAGACUCACACCAUCCGAGACACAAGAGGAGCUUUAUCUCCAGAGAUCUGGAACUGUUGAUUCUUGUUGCUCUUUUUCUGGAACCUCUCUGCUCUCUCUAUACAUAUUUGUGAAAACCUGGCUGGAGUCUGGUGUGUGAAUGAGGAAGGCAUUCCUCAUGGCAAUGCUCAACUCAUAGAUCGGCCGGGGACUACUUCCUCCCAUUUGGAAAGCCCAGUUACAGCAGGAACAAUGAUGAGGGAAUAAAAGACCUCAAUCAGUUUUUAGUCAAGAAUUCCGUUUAUUGGAAUUCAGUUAUAAGUCUGUUUGCCCCUCCUUUUCCUGGCUUUUCCCAGGGAAGAAAGGGGGUUAAAGAAAGUUAAAGUUAAACAAAGGGAGUGAUAAAGCGCGGCCUUGCUUCAUCCCCUUGCCAAUGGGAAACAAUUCUUUUUCUGUCGCUGGUCUUCAUGGUGGGCCCUUGUCCUGAGUAGAAGUUACACAUCAGGAAAAUCGAAUGUCAUGGUGCACCUAUUUCUUUAUGUACAGCGCAUCGUUUUUCAUGAUCUGAAUAAUCAAAGACUUGCUGUAAAUGAUAAAGCACAGAUUGAUUUUUCUCUGAAAUACGUACUUUUCUGCAUUCCAUUAUCCAACAUAUGUUUCAAUAUGAUCCCUUGUGCCUUUUUGUUUUCUGAAAGCAGCUUGGACAUCUGGCCAUUUCACUCUGUAUAUAGUAAAAUAGUUGUUUUGGUCAUGUUUGAGUAUCACUUGUUUCAUGCCUGGAAGGUCAGUGCAGUUGUUCUGCUUGUCUGAAAUCUCGGGUCUCCUGGAGUGCCUGAGCUUUGAUUGCUCCACUGAAAA